ACUUAAUCCCUUAUGAAUCCUCAAUAAAUUCCACACUCCUUCCCUCACUCCCACACCAAGGACCACUCUUCCAUUCAGUUGUUCACACCUCACUCACUGAUUCUCAAAAACUCAAAAGAUGGUGAUGAAGAAAAACCUUCUCUUCUCACUUUCACUUCUCCUAAUGGUUCUCUUCACUUCAUCUCAAACCACCCCAGCACCAUCACCUUCCUCAACCCCAACAGACAUCAUCAGAAUCCUCAAAAAAGCCGGAGGAUUCACCACCCUAAUCCGUCUUCUCACCACUACACAAGUCUCAACCCAAAUCAACGCCCAACUUCUGAACUCAAACAACGGAUUAACAGUGUUUGCACCAAACGACAAUGCCUUCCAAAGCCUCAAACCUGGUUUCCUCAACUCCCUCAACGACCAACAGAAGAAUGAACUCAUCCAAUUCCACGUGCUACCGACGUUUGUUUCCAUCUCAAACUUUGACACUCUGAGCAACCCGGUUAGAACACAAGCCGGUGAUGACCCUGAUAGGUUGGCAUUGAACAUCACAAGCUCAGGGAACCAAGUGAACUUGACAACCGGUGUUGUUAACACCACAGUUGGUGGCAGUGUUUACUCUGAUCACCAGCUCGCGAUUUAUCAAGUGGACAAGGUUCUUCUUCCGAGGGAUUUCUUCGUUCCCAAGCCUCCUCCACCAGCUCCUGCACCUGCAAAGGCUAAGGCUUCUUCUGCAAAGAAAUCUACUGAGGGUCCUUCUUCUGCAGCGGAUAAUGACUCUGCUGCUAUCAGCUUGAAUGGAAUUUGGCUGUCCCUUUCAGUGGCUACUAUUGCUGCAGUGUUUUCCUUGUGACAAUGAUACGAGUUAUUGGUACAUCAAGUGUGCUACUUGGGGUUCGAUGUUCUUGUGCUUUGUUAAAAUUUUCUACAUGCUUUGUUUUGGGAAUGGUUGGAUUAAAGGGAAAUCAUGAACUUUUUGUAGCACUUUUCAAUUAUUUUCUUCUUUUCUUUUUUCUUUUUGCUUCCUUUUGUAUUGAUUAAUCCAGUUUGUGGUGAAUUAUCAAGUAUGUAUUCGAUUUUGAAGGUUUUCUUUUUCUUACUAGUUCGCAUCUUAUGUUAUAUUCAGAAUUUUGUGAAUUGUAAGUUGCCAACGAAGAAUUUUCUGAGUUUUAAUAGAAAAUGAGACCCAAGUUUCUUUA